AUGGCGCCAGCUCUGCGAUCCCAGACAUCACAGGACACAGUCGAUGCGCAGCCAACGACUACAGCAAACACGAACACGAAUAACAAGAAGCAAAAGAAUAAUAACAAGAAGAAGACGCUCGCGUUCGAGCUGACGCAAGCACAAGAUAGUGAACACAUAUUUGAAGGGAAAGUCCAAGAGACGGGGGAGGAGAUUGACCCGGAAGGCGAGAAAGAUGGGUCAUACUCAGUUGAAGGCGCCGACUAUGAGUAUGAAGAGGCAUUCCCAGUCCAGGAGGGAAUGGUAGGCGAUGCCAGUCGGCAAGGGGGACUCGGAUUGACCACAAAGGAGCUCACCGAGGACGGAUUUAUACCCUUAACGGGAUUCCAACCGAACUCCGCGUUCAGCAGUCUACGAAACUCACCAAGCACAAAACGUACACCACUUCCCAGCAAUAGCCCGUGGCGACGAAAUGAACAACUACCCCCGGCGUCAGAGACCUUACAGCAAGAGAACAACGCGCAUACAACGAGAGGUCCUGGCACGGAACGGAAUAAGGAUACGGCGCCUGGACCCGACGCCCCAGAGGAAGAACAACCAGCGCCGUCAUCAUCAAAACCAACGGUGGCCAUAUCAGUAGCUAGUGACGACGAGUCGACCUUUGGAGAUGCGGCCGCACGCGAAGAAGUGAAGAAGAUGUUAGACGACGACGAACGCGUUAAGGCAGAGGUGCUCCGCGACCUAGGAGAGAUGCGUCCAGCCGAGAUCACUGUGGCGAAGGCAUUUGCGCAUGGCCAAACCACGAAAGUGUUUGAACGACUCGGAUUUACAGAUGUAGCAUCCGACUCCGAAGAAUUCAUAGCGGAAUACAAUGCUAACCUUGCAACGAUCUUGAUUGGGAGAAGUUUCUGGUCUGAUGAUAACGGGAUCAAUCAACCUCGGUCGAAAGUACAAUCGUUUGCGGAGCAGAGAGCCAUCAUACAGAAACGUAUGGAGAAAGGCAAGAAAAAGGCAACGACACGACGUCUCGAUGAAGAGAUCAUUCUCAAGAAGGACAAUAAGGGAAACGCACCGCCUCAGAACAACAGCGAGGCGAACCUGAACGUUAAGGCCGAGUCGCCCGGAAAGAAAAUACCGUCCUUGGAAGAGGAGGAGAUGAGGGCCAUUAAGAAUAGAAUAACAUAUCAACGCAUUCGGAACAGUCAAAUUAGAGACGGGGUAAAACCCACUAUACCAGACCAAGGUAUCAUAUUCGAUGAAAAUAACAAUCCGUGGCUACGACCCGACUUCGGGGAACAGGAGAACGAUGAUCAAGAUAACGGUGAUCAAGGUAAAAGCGCACCCGGGGGUGGUGGCGACCCUGACGAUGAUGACGACCCCGACACCAAUAACGGGCCUAAACGAGAUCCGUUCACGCCCAGGCCAUGGCCGCGGGCAACAUCUACAGCACCCUCUUCUCGGUCCAUCGAGGCAAAGGUACGGGACCAGGAACGCCGAUUCCAGAAAAUAGUAGAGUUCAUAAGAACAAACUUGGAAAAGCGUCUCCAGAUACCUGACGGGCUCAAACCACCGAGAUGGGACGCAAAGACCAUGACGAAAUACAACGGGUCGGAAUCCAAGGAUACAUUUUGGCAAUGGCUUAAGAGUGUGGUAUUUGCUUACAGGUCUUCACAACUAGGCGGUCCUGAGAGAGAUGAGGAACGGGUCCUUAUUCUGGACCUACUGCUCGAAGACAAGGCAAAGAUUUGGUUCCAAGAAAGGAUAAGCAAGACCAACGUCGCCAAGCCAACAUUUGUCGAAGUAAUUGUCGAAAUGUCGUCUGCAGAGAGAGACAACUCCUUCCGAGGAAUGUAUGGCCCAGGCUUCACAUACGACCGCCGGAACAACAUAAUGUAUGCCGACGCAGAGGCAGUUGAGGCGGCAAGAACGUUCGCUGACAGGAGGGAAUACCCUCUACCACACAGGAUGGGUUGUAGGCCUAACCCGAGAGGAUUCCCAAUGACGGUCAGGGAAGUCCGGGAAUCGAUACGCUACAUCCAGAACCGUGCGCCGAAAUGGCAGACCGUCCUAAGAUUACUGGAAGAGUUCCGGAGGAUAUCGACGUCCGUAAUAGCUCGAUACAGGGACCUCGCAAUGCACGAUGUGAUCGAACAGUUCCAAAUGAACAGACGCUUAGAAGAAUUGGCAAACGAUUUACCACCACCGGCAAACAUUCCCCUAGAUCGCGCAUUCAGACGGCCGGGUAGCAGCAGUAUAGCGGGAGGUGCCGGAAUGAUCCCCCCCGUGAACGGUACAAUCGAUGAUUGGUGCCAAUAUGCGGCUCACCACUUCAGACCGGGAGGACUGAACCCGCCAGCAGGAAUCACGAUGGAUUUAUCCUAUCGAGUGAGCUACGCUAGCGUAUGGGGGAUGCUGCUAGUCAGAUUCCUCCACCCAAGAGACGCGAGAAACUAUUACGCACGAUACUUUGCAGCAAUCGCGUUCCGUCCCAGAUAUUACACUGACUACAUUGAACAGUGGAACAGGGACCGACCCGACGAAGUCCCCAUCAUAAUCGCGUCAGAAAGGACCCUCCUACGACGCAUGAUAUUCAACGGCGCCGCGGAAAACUUGGCAGAAAUAGACGUGAUUCGUCACCUGGCCGAUUGUGGCAUAACGCAGGAAAUGGUCGACAGUGCCUACCCAUGGGCAAUGGUAUGGGUAGACCAACACCAAUCUAUACAUUUCCGGGAUCACUAUCAACGACUGGAAUCAUCUCGUCAGCGGCGACUUGAGAGAUUCGGGGAACCAGUAAUCAUACCUGAACUACGAGGAUGGUGGACCCCGGACUUGGGAGACACGCAUCGUAUACGAGCGAUCAUGUACUACGAAAGAUACGUGCACCAGCCUGACAGUCGCAACCAACGUCACGGAAAUCCUUAUUGGUUGUUGAGGGGGGAAAGCCCCAUGUUCACAUACAUCAACUCAUUCCCCCCAGCCAUCCCCGAUACUCCAUCCUCACCAGGUCCUGAAGCGAGGCUCGACCCGGGCCAAGACGACGUAUUAAUGACGGCUGCCACCGAAACGGCAGUGGAAGACAAUGGUACCACCGAGGGAACGGAGGCCGUGCCUAACGUCACCGCCCCUGACCCUACAGUCGGUACGGCACCAGUCGUAGUGGCAAGGGAGCCACACGACAUCCCACUUCCUGCGGAAACUGACGACGAAAUGUCCGACGUACACGCAGCCGGAACGAUCACCAGCGAGAACACGCCUGGUGAUUCACACAGCGUCACGGCCUCGAUAGACAAGCAGGACUAG